AUGGCGCCAGUCGAGAUUGAUCUCAAUCCGAGUAUCCUUCCAACAUUACAAUUAGGAGGGCAUAUACUCCUAACAUCAUGUUUAACAGCUCUCAUUUCUCGCACCCUGUACCGUUCAUAUCUAGCACUACCACCUUCAUCAUCAACUAGACAUCGGCAACCUUUGAGACGUAGUCAUGUUAAGAUAUUCAUCAGCUUGGCUUUAUUGGGUUUAUUGACUGCUGGGUGGUUUGGUGCGAGCGGAGCGAGCUUGAGCUAUAAAGUUUGGGCUGCUGAGAGAGCUGUUGAGUUACCUGAUAGUUUCUUUGGCGAUAAAGGUGCAUUUAGACUUGGUCAACAUCCAGGCCGUUUUGAAAUCGUCAGAUGGCUCAACGACACACCUUUUUACCGCGAUAAUCUUGAAAUAGUCGCCGAGAAAGCAAGAUACUUUUGGUGGGGCCAACAAGCUAGUUUCGCCAUGACAUCUUUUAGUACCUAUGUUGCGAUUGAAGGACGUCGAAGAAAUAUCUCGAAUCUAUGGGCAUUUGUUCUUCUAGGACAGCUCGUUAAUGUCUCGUUUGCUCAAAAUUUGUGGUUUGUGGCUAUCUUGCUUACGCCAGUGCCAUUACCAGAGAACGUGGAGAUUUUGACGGAUACAAGGAGGGUUCUUGAGAGUGUGCAUAAAAUGUGGUUUGAGAAGAUCGUUCCACAGCGAGCGGAUAAUUGGAUACCAAAUUCUGGCUUCUACAUUGCCUUACUCCUUUUUGGGUAUGGUGCCGUGUUUUUGACACCUUUCGCUGCAAAUACGCCUUCAUUUAGGACAGUAGCAUUGUUAUCGGUCUCGUUUCCAUUCACACCAUUAUUACUCCCAUACUUCAUCCCCAAGCACUGGGGAACUACUCACGUUCAUACACAUGAAGCUCAUUCUUCAUACACGAGAAUAUUCCGCGUUAUUUCAACCAUAUCCUCCAUUCUUCACAUUAGAACUACAGGCUUGGCUCUACUCUACAAUACACCAGAUAAUCACCAUUUUCGUCAUAGUAUCCUCCACCCACUCGAAAAAGUCCACCAAUCAAACAAGAAUCGUGCGUUCAUAGCUUUUGAACGAGUCCUAGGUGCAAUCGGAGAUCAUCCUGCUGUAGGAGCUGUGGGAUAUGAUGUCAUUCUUUCGGGUUUGAGUCUUGGAACUUGGGCUGCUGUGAGAGGUCUGGAUGUGAAUGAGAUUUUGCGAGUGGUUAUUCCUUGGAUGAAUAAAGCUGGAACUGCAGGAGUGAAGAUCAAACAGAAGGCGGAAAGCAUUGCACAACCAACCGAUACAUCCUCUCCACUCCGUCGUCGAGGCCGUCCUAAGAAAUCCACCAGGUCUCAACAAGAUACCGCUUAUGUCCUGAAAGCUGGUACAAAUGGAGUCGUAACCGAAGGUGAUCAGGAUGAGGAUGAGGAUUGGGAAAUAGCGGCGCUUACGUGGGGUAUAGUAUCGGCUUCUGGACUGGGUGUUGGCAGUGCCGGGGUUUAUGGUGCGGAGAUGACAGCUAGAUGA